CGGUGCGCUCCCAGCAGAGCCGCCCGCUCCACUUCAGUUCGGUUUCAUCCGCUCCGGCGCACCGAUGGCGCCCGUCGGGGGCAAGCAAGCCCGAAAGGGCAUCCUAGAGCGCUUGGACGCCGGGGAAGUGGUGAUUGGAGAUGGGGGCUUUGUCUUUGCCCUGGAGAAGAGGGGCUAUGUUAAGGCAGGACCCUGGACCCCAGAAGCUGCCGUGGAGCACCCUGAGGCAGUUCGCCAGCUCCAUCGAGAGUUCCUGCGAGCUGGGUCCAAUGUCAUGCAGACCUUCACCUUCUAUGCCAGUGAGGACAAGCUGGAGAACAGGGGCAACUAUGUGGCAGAGAAGAUAUCUGGGGAAAAAGUCAACGAAGCUGCUUGCGACAUUGCUCGGCAGGUGGCUAAUGAGGGGGACGCGCUGGUCGCAGGGGGUGUGAGUCAGACACCUUCCUACCUCAGCUGCAAGAGUGAAAGUGAGGUGAAGAAGAUCUUCCAGCAGCAGUUAAAGGUCUUUCUGAAGAAGAAUGUGGACUUCCUCAUCGCAGAGUAUUUCGAACACGUCGAGGAAGCUGUGUGGGCAGUGGAGGCCUUGAAAACAUCCGGGAAACCUGUGGCGGCCACCAUGUGCAUUGGGCCCGAGGGCGACCUGCAUGGCGUGUCCCCUGGGGAGUGUGCUGUGCGCCUCGUGAAAGCAGGUGCCUCCAUCGUGGGGGUGAACUGCCACUUCGACCCCACAACCAGCCUGCAGACUGUGAAGCUCAUGAAGGAGGGCCUGGAAGCCGCGAGGCUCAAAGCCUACCUCAUGAGCCAGCCCCUGGCCUACCACACGCCUGACUGCGGCAAGCAGGGCUUCAUUGAUCUCCCAGAAUUCCCCUUUGGAUUGGAGCCCAGAGUCGCCACCCGAUGGGAUAUUCAGAAAUAUGCCAGAGAGGCCUACAACCUGGGGGUCCGGUACAUUGGCGGAUGCUGUGGGUUUGAGCCCUAUCAUAUCAGGGCAAUUGCAGAGGAGCUGGCUCCGGAAAGAGGCUUUUUGCCAGCUGCUUCUGAAAAGCAUGGAGGCUGGGGAAGUGGCUUGAACAUGCACACCAAGCCCUGGGUUAGAGCGAGGGCCCGGAAGGAGUACUGGCAGAGUCUCCGGAUAGCCUCCGGCAGGCCCUACAACCCUGCUCUGUCCAAGCCUGAUGCCUGGGGCGUGACCAAGGGCACAGCUGAGCUGAUGCAGCAGAAGGAAGCCACCACUGAGCAGCAGCUGAGGGAGCUCUUUGAAAAACAGAAGUUCAAAUCCAUAUAGUAGCCAUACUGUCUGCUGAACUCCUGUCUGUUGGGCCUCCAUGCAUACAAAUAAGGAAAAGAUGGUUCAAAGCCACACUUGCAUAGCCCCAGCCUACAGGUGUACUUGGUAUUAACUGAACAAAGGAGGGUCACCAGGAGCAGUCAGCAGUUCUGAAAGUCUGUGUUAGAAGUUUAUUUAGAAGCAACAUGGUUCCAGGGAGAUAGCUCAGUAGAAUAAGAGCUUGUAGGCUUCCUAAACACUUGUCAUGUGUUAAGUAGUACAGAAAUUACUGCAGUAAAGGAAAAGUAAUCCAGACAUUAAUCUUACUUUCACAAGUUGGCAGACCGGGAGGGAGGGUGUGAUGCAUGAUGUUGUGAGUGACACAGAGCCAGCCGGGGACAGAAGGAUGCUGUGCAGAGUGACUUCUGACCACUUCUGAGUAUAACUGUUAGUAAGGAACAUGAUCUAUCUAUACCAUGGAUGAGUAACAUGUAUGACAUACAAUCACUGAAAUAAAUGUGUGAUCCAUUCUGGUA